AUGGCCCAAGGCCAGAAAAAACUCCGAAUUGCCAUUAUUGGCGGUGGCAUUGCUGGAAUUGUCCUCGCAAUUUCGCUUCUCAAGAGGAACAUUCCUUGCAAAAUCUACGAGAGAGCGCACGCCUUUAACGACAUCGGUGCCGGCCUGGGAAUAAGUCCCAAUGCACAAGACGCCAUGGUAGCUUGCGAUCCAAGCGUGCAUAAUGCAUUUAAAAAAGUCGCCAGUGGUAACAUCUGGGAAUCCAAGAAAAGCUUCGUCUUUGAGUUUCUUGACGGCAUGGACACAGCGACUACGGACUCCCCUCUGUUGCAUAUCGAGAACCGUACGGGACUGCAGGGCUGUCACAGGGGCUCAUUCGUAAAUGAACUUCUCAAGCUAUUGCCCAGCGAUGUGGUUGACUUUAAUAAGCAACUUCAAGUAGUGGAGGAAGGUAGCACUGGUAGAAUCCGCCUUGUCUUCCAGGACGGGGCAAUUGAGGAAGCUGAUGCUGUUGUUGGCUGCGACGGUAUCAAAUCCAAAGUCCGAGAAAUUCUGUUUGGGGCAGAUCAUCCGUCGUCAAAAUGCUCUUACACGCACAAAUAUGCCUACAGAGGGAUGAUCCCCAUGCGACAAGCGGUCGAGGUGUUGGGGGAGGAGAGGGCUCUCAAUGCCACUAUCUGGAUGGGGAAAGACAAGCACCUACUGAGCUAUCCGGUCGCGCACGGGACGAUCUUGAAUGUGGUGGCAUAUUGUUCAAGCUCCGAUGAGUGGCCAAGUGAAAGCCAGCUGGUUCUUGCAGCCACAAAGGAGGAUCUUCUCCGUGAUUUCGAGGGCUUCCGGCCAUCUGUGCUGAAGGUUCUCGACCAUACUGAGAGGCUUGACCGUUGGGCUAUCUUCGACUUAGGGGACCAUCCAGUUCCGAGCUUUGCAAAAGGCCGUAUAUGUAUCAUCGGAGAUGCAGCACAUGCGUCAUCUCCACAUCAUGGAGCGGGAGCAGCUUUAUGUAUUGAAGAUGCUGCUGUGCUGGCUGCCUUAUUGUCACAUGAAAGAGUCAGGGUAGGAGCCGAUAUCGAAGCUGCGUUUUCUGCCUUUGAUAGAAGUAGACGGGAAAGAGCUCAAUGGGUCGUUCAGAAGUCUAGACGAGCAGGUCAACUAUAUGAACAGCAGACCGAGAUCGGUUGUGAUUUUAGUAGGAUGUCUGAGGAGUUGAGGGAGACUUUAUCUACGAUCUGGGAGUACAAUACUGAAGAAGCUAUAAAGGCUGCCUUGGUAGAGUUAGAUAACGCUUAA